AUUAUUAAAUGAUAUACUUUUGAAUUGAAAAUUAUCUUUGAAUCAAUUAACUCUUUAUCUAAUGUAUUGAAUAAAUCAAUUCCCCAGCGGAAGUUUUCUUUAUAUCAACUGAUAUAAUAACAGUUGUUAUCGGAAUUCUACUUAGUAUCAAGAUACAGUGUUAUGUAAAACAUAAUUUUUCCUCAAAUUGUCGAUUACAUUCUUACGAAAAAUGUGCGUUAUUAUUAACAGUGCCUUGUAGACUAGACCACAUGUAGAUGGUAAAAUAAGGAUUAGAGGCAAAUGAUUUUAUUCUUGUUCCAAAUUUACAGGGUUUGUUACCAACAGAAUGGAAAUAGAAGAGAAGGAAUACAGACAUGUCUUACCGGUUCCUAUGUAUCACAAUGAUUACAACAUCUGGUCAGUUUUGAAAAAUUGCAUAGGUAAAGAAUUGAGUAAGAUAACAAUGCCUGUUGUAUUCAACGAACCUUUAAGUUUUUUACAACGCAUGGCUGAAUACAUGGAAUAUGCACAUCUCUUGAGAUUGGCUUCAGAGCAAGACGAUCCUGUUCUAAGAAUGCAAUAUGUCAUAGGAUUUGCAGUAAGUGCUUUGGCUUCAAAUUGGGAAAGACUUGGAAAACCAUUCAACCCCCUUUUAGGGGAGACAUACGAAUUGGAGAGAAAAGAAUUCAAGAUAAUUUGUGAACAAGUGAGUCAUCAUCCGCCAGUCUCGGCUUUCCACGCAGAAAAUGGAGACUGGAUAUUCCAUGGGUCUAUCCAUCCGAAACUAAAGUUUUGGGGGAAAAGCGUCGAGAUUCAACCCAAAGGAGUUGUCACCGUGGAGUUUCCUAAACUUAAAGAAGCUUAUACGUGGACUAACGUACAAUGUUGCGUUCAUAACAUUAUUGUAGGUAAACUUUGGAUGGAGCAAGUGGGUACUAUGGAAAUUUCCAGUUUUUUAUCUGGACAUAAAGCACAUUUAACUUUUAAGCAAGCUGGAGGAAACAGUAAGGAUUUACACAGAGUUGAGGGAUUUGUCACAGAUAAGUCAAAGCAGAAAAUUUUGUUUAUAUAUGGCAAAUGGACAGAGUUUAUUAAAUGUACAGACAUACAUUCCUAUGAAGAAUAUGUAAGAGAUAAUUCUUCGAAAUUUUCUAGCAACUCGAAGAGUAAAAGUCCAAAUGAUUCUCCAUCUCAUACUUCCAGAAAAAUGCUACAAAAAUUUAAUAGUCUCAAAGUUGGCUCAUUCAACAAAUCAAUCUCCACUACUGAGAGUAUGGACGAUUCCACUGCAGAUUUAGGUGAAAAUUCUGUUCCAAAAAGUGAUUCCGCUUAUUCCAUAGAUAUUCCAAAUUCUUCAACAAUAUGGAAAGUUAAUCCAAGGCCAGUACAAAGUGGCGAUUAUUACCAAUUCACUCAAUUUGCUAUGUCUUUGAAUGAAAUUGAGAAAGGUAUGCAGCUGUGUCCGACAGACUCUAGACUGAGACCUGAUAUAAGAAAACUCGAACAAGGUGAUAUUGAUGGUGCAGCUAUUGAAAAAACGAGAUUGGAAGAAAAACAAAGAGAUGUUAACAAGACUCGAAAAAAUAAGAAAACGCCCGAGUGGGUUCCAAGAUGGUUUCAUCAGGGUAUUAAUCCUUACACGAAACAAGAGGAUUGGAUUUACAAUGGGGAUUACUGGAAAAAGCAGUACACAGAUCCAGAUAUAUUCUAAAUUGCACUUGUACUGAUAGGUAGUGUGUUUUUAGUAACUGUAGUAAUAUCCCUAAAUUGAUGUUAACUAGGAGUGUCCCCUUAUAGAAAUAGAUUAAUGUAUGCGUGUGCCAAAAACUUGCACAAAAUGUAAUUUAUCAUAGAAACAAGAAAUAGCGCUUCCGGGGAUAUUGUGAUUCAUGUCAAUUUUAUUGAUUUAAAAUUGAAACGUCAGUGUUUUUGACUCAGUUAUUCAUUAACUGGACAAAGUAAUUAAAAAAUUGUACGAUAUUUGAAACAAUCAAUUGAAAAAUUGGAAACGAAUCUAUAUUAAUUGUGCUGUUAGUAGCUUAGCCUCUAUUUUUCUGAAGAACUUAUAAAUACUCAAAAAAUGGUUGUGCACAAUAAGUAGCACUUCCAAAAAGCAAUGUUUAUCAUUGUUACUAUCCUAAUGAAUUAAUAUAAGGUACCUGAUAAACUCUUCUAAAUCAUAUAGUCUAUAAAUAUAUGUCCUUCUGCAAGAAGUACCGUAAACAAUUGUUUAAAAACAAAAACAGAAUCAGGUCAGCAACUCUCUUAUAUGUUAUAAGCUGUCCGAGUUCUUGAUCAACUCUGGAUUUUUUAUAAGUCGAACUGCUCUCUUCUGUAUUAAGCCGAGCAUCCCAAGGGUAUGCUUGGGAGCCAAGCUCCAAAUGUGCGUGAAAUAUUCCAAAGUUGGACGAAUAUGGGCCGCGUAGAGGAUUAGAAGAUGUUCCGUAUUUCAAUGUUACGAGACCCGUCCCUUUAUACUUGGGACUGCUCGUCGGACUGCGUCAUUCAAAAAAUAAUUUUCAUCUGAACUGGAGUGUUAAACACGUUAUUUUAGUUGUUUUCUGUUCUCAAUCAAUUUUCAUAAUGAGUGAUACAUGCACACAAAUACUUAAUCAACUUACAUCAUUUAUAUUCAAAAAUCCAGGAAGAAACAUUGCUGUAACAAAAAUAUUUUCGACUGAUUGCCUCAACAAUUAUCCACAUUGCUAGAAAAAUAUUUUGUUUCUAUAUGCCGUGAUGUGAUACAAUUUCUGCACAUUUUGGAGAGGAAAAUUGAAAAUCAUGAAGAUAUUUGAGAAAAGAACAAUUACACAGAAAGAUUUCAACAAAAAAAUUGCCAUAGGGGUGUCAUUAUCAAUGAUAUAAUCCAUUUUCCACUAUGAUUUCAGAUACUGUAACAAAACAAAGUACAGCUGUGAAACUUCCUUUAUCUAACUUUACUUUAUCUUCAGCAGCUAACAGCAGAUUUAUCGAGUAUAUUAUGAAACACAAACCUGUCUAGAAGAGAAAUUGAUCCAGAAUAGUGAGUUAAAAAAUGAAAUACUACAGUCAAUAACAACUUUAUUAUCACCAGCACCCGAUGAUCUACUUAACACCAUCUCUUGUAAUUGUACGAAAGGUUGAGGCUGCAAAUGUCGAUGCAAAAAAAUGGAUUGAGGUGUUCAAAAGUUUAUGGACAUUGAUGUGGCCAGUCAAGCUUAAACGCGGGGUCAGCAAAUGUUGGAAAUGAUGAAGACGUGAAUCUAGAAAUGAGUCCACUCGAUGUUUUGUCAGCAGCUGUUACUGAUAGAGAAACUAAAGGUACCCUUUUUAGCCGGUACGAUAUCGAUGUCGAUUUUUCACAUCUUCAUUACAACAUCAUAAUGAAGGUGUAUACAAAAAUUCAGGUCACUAGGAAUUUUUCCGCAGAUAAAACCUAAAAUAACUGGACUAUAAGGAUAUAGUUGCUAUUUUUGUUAUUAUUAAUUAAUUACUCUCAGUGAUUUAGCUUUGAUAAAAAUAAAAGUAAGACCUUUAUCAAAUCUAAAUCCAAAAUAAAUAUUAUUUUGAUUUUUUAUUAUUGGUUUUGAGUUUACCUGUCUGUAGUUUAUGUACGAUGAACCACAUAUAUUUUGUUUUUAUAGCAAGAAGACUUAACUUGUUGAAACCUUAUGGCUAAACAGGUAUUUUUGUUACUUAAUGUUGUAUAAAUCGUAGAUAACUUUCCAUCAGAUAUUAAAUUUUUUUCCAGUGUGUCUUGAAUGUCAACUCAUUUACACCAAUAUAAAAUAAUAUAAAAUAAAGAUCGAUUAAUCCUAUCAAAAUAUUAAUAUAUUGGACACACAAGUUUUUGUUAUAUUGUUUCCCAUGCUUUUUAUAUGAAAUACACUAUAGGAAAUGCCUCAGUUAUGAAUGUUUUUUAAUCCCCAUUUUUUAUAUAAUUAUACUAAAAAUGAAAUUGUAGUUUUUUUAGUUCAAUUGAUGACUAUUGGAAAUUAGUAAAUUAAAAUUUUUUUACAAUUUAUGUUUCCUGAAAAAACAUAUUCUCUUCCAAUUUCAUUAAUAGUAAAGCAAAUUCAAUCUCUAUAAUAAUCAAAUUGAAUCAUAUAUCGACAAAAUGAGUUUUGAAAAUAUUCAUCUAACAAUUUUAAUGUAAAAUUUUUACAUAUUGAUUCUAUUGCCUUACCUAUGGGACUAUAAAAAUUUUUAUUGAGAAUUUCAUGAUAAUUGAAUAUAAUGUGAAACACUUUAUGUUCAAAAAAAAUUGUGGGUACGUGGUUAUUUUGAGAUUGUAUUUCAAAUACGGGUGUACCUUCCCAGAACUGGGAUGUAUCUUUACUUUUCCUGUAUACUGAAGCAACAGUAGAUUAGGAAUGUGCUUCGUGUGAUUUCAAAUGCAAUAAUAUUUAAGAAAUGGUAUGUAUGCAAACAUAUUAUUUCCUAGUUUUACAAAGUACAUUGCAUUUCGUUUUUCUUAACAACAACUCAGUUUAGGAAUAUAUAAUAAAACAAAUAUUAUAAAAUUAUAUCUUGUAAAUUAUAAUAAUUAUGUUUUGUUGGAGAAUAAAACUUUAUGUUAUUCGAU